AUGGGUGCUACGACCGUGUCAUCAAUUGUGCGAGAAACAGUAAAAGCUAUGUGGGACAUAUUACAACCUCUGCAUAUGAAAGUUCCUACCGAAAAUGACUUCAAGAACACUGCAAAAGAAUUCUACGAAAAAUGGAAUUUUCCCAAUUGUCUGGGGGCAAUUGACGGAAAACAUAUUCGUGUGAAAUGUCCUCCUCACUCUGGAACUAUGUACUAUAAUUACAAAAACUUCUUUUCUAUUGUUCUCCAAGCUGUUACUGAUGCAAAUUAUAGAUUUAUAACGAUUGAUGUUGGAGGGUAUGGCAAGCAGAGUGACGGGGGUACAUUCCGAUCCUCAUCUCUAUUUCAUCUGAUUGAGAGUAAACGUCUAAAUAUUCCUGAAGAUGGUACAUUACCGCUCACUAUGAUCACUGUACCCUAUGUUUUUAUCGGAGAUGAAGCCUAUCCUUUAUUAAAUAAUCUAAUGAAACCUUUUAAUAGAAGAAAUUUAGAUGCAGAAAAAGAAUAUUACAAUAUGCGCCUUUCACGUGCAAGACGUGUAGUAGAGUGUGCUUUUGGAAUCAUCAGUGCCAAGUUUCGUAUUCUUUUCAAGCCCAUAGAAGCCUCUCCAGACUUAGCAGAUGAUAUUAUUAAGUGUAUCUGUAUUCUACACAAUACAAUAAUUGAUAUAGAGGGCAUUCCAAUUCAAGAUGAACAAUUUUUGUCCCAAUCCGAGUCUCAAUGUAAUAACUCGGACGUUGUGCGAGCAAAUAAUAGGCCAACAGCAUCUGCCACUUUUAUUAGAGAGACGUAUAAAAAUUACUUGUGGAAAACCGAAUCGUAUCGUAGCGUCAUGUAUCAUCUCAAAGUGAGAGGAAGUAAGAAGAUUAGGAUAGAUGAUGAGAAUUUACGAUGA